CUUUAAGAGGCCGGCGCUCGCUCUCCCUGCCCCGCAGCUCCCCGGCCCCCCGCUCAGGGCGUGUCUGUCCCCGGGGUGCCGGCGGGGCGGGGCGGGGAGCCGGCUCGGGGCGAGGCCGGGAGGCAGAGCCCAGCCGGGGCUGGCACGGAGCGCGCUGGGGAUGCUGCUGCCGCUGGCCGCGGCGCGCUGCAAUUAGCCAGCUGGGCACCGGCCUGGCCAGCAGCCGGCUCGGGGGGCCCGGCCCAGCCCGGCCCGGCCGCUUUGUUGCUGCUGCCGGAUUUUCGGGGUGGAAGGAAAAAUCCAGGAGGGACCCUCCCCCCAUCAGGACAGAGAGAGGCCCUGUCUCCCUCAGGCCCUGCCGGGGACGCCCAUCGACCGCCAGCCCAAGGGGUGCGGGGGCUGCUGAUGCCCAGAGCCCGCCAUGGCCUGCCUCCAUGAUACCCGGACCCCCUCCCCGUCCUUCGCCAGCUUCAACACCAUCCUGACGGAGAGCUCCCUCCGUAAGCUGGACCCCGACACCUCGGACUGCACCCCCGAGAAGGACCUGACGCCCACGCAGUGCGUGCUGCGAGACGUGGUGCCCAUCGACGGGGGCGGCCACAGCCCCACGCCCAGCGAGGAGACGCGCGACCAGUUCGCCAACAGCGUCCUGCAGCUGCACGAGAAUGAGGCUGGCGGUGGGGGCGGGGGAGCUGGGGCAGGUGCCGGGAACCCCGAGGUGCGGCACACUCGUUACCACGCCGACCAGGUCCGGCUUCACUGCCAGACGGGCAGCGGCUUCCUGGAAGGGCUCUUCGGCUGUCUCAGGCCCGUCUGGACCAUGAUCGGCAAAGCCUACUCCACCGAGCACAAGCACCAGCAGGAAGACACCUGGGAAGUGCCAUUCGAGGAGAUCCUGGACCUCCAGUGGGUGGGCAGCGGGGCGCAGGGUGCUGUCUUCCUGGGGCGUUUUCACGGCGAGGAGGUGGCGGUGAAGAAGGUGCGAGACCUCAAGGAGACGGACAUCAAACACCUGCGCAAGCUCAAACACCCCAACAUCAUCACCUUCAAGGGCGUCUGCACCCAGGCUCCUUGCUACUGCAUCAUCAUGGAGUUCUGCGCCCAGGGGCAGCUGUAUGAGGUGCUGCGAGCCGGGCGCAAGGUCACCCCCUCCCUGCUGGUCGACUGGUCCAUGGGCAUCGCAGGCGGCAUGAACUACCUGCACCUGCACAAGAUCAUCCACCGCGACCUCAAGUCGCCCAACAUGCUGAUCACCUACGAUGACGUGGUGAAGAUCUCGGACUUCGGCACCUCCAAGGAGCUGAGUGACAAGAGCACCAAGAUGUCCUUUGCCGGCACCGUGGCCUGGAUGGCCCCCGAGGUCAUUCGCAAUGAGCCCGUUUCUGAGAAGGUCGACAUCUGCUGCCCUAUCACCCCACGUGAGCCAGAGGGCUCCUUGCUGGGGGUCCCUUGCCCGCCCCAGGACCCAACCCUGCCUCUGCCCCCCAGGAACAGCAAACCCCGCAACCGGCCGUCCUUCCGCCAGAUCCUGCUGCACCUGGACAUCGCCUCGGCAGAUGUGCUCUCCACGCCCCAGGAGACCUACUUCAAAUCCCAGGCCGAGUGGCGCGAGGAGGUGAAGCUGCACUUUGAGAAGAUCAAGUCGGAGGGGACGUGUCUGCACCGGCUGGAGGAGGAGCUGAUCAACCGGCGCCGUGAUGAGCUCCGGCAUGCACUGGACAUCCGGGAGCACUACGAGCGCAAGCUGGAGCGGGCCAACAACCUGUACAUGGAGCUCAACUCCCUCAUGCUGCAGCUGGAGCUGAAGGAGAAGGAGCUGCUCAGGCGGGAGCAGGCGCUGGAGAAGAAGUACCCGGGGCUGUUCAAGCCGCAUGCAUCACGCAGUCUCCUGCACGGCAACACGGUGGAGAAGCUCAUCAAGAAGAGGAACGUGCCCCAGAAGCUGUCGCCACACAGCAAGCGGCCGGACAUCCUGAAGACGGAGGUGAUCCUGCCCAAACUGGACUCGGCCAUUGCCCAGGUGUCGAUACCCGCGUGCCAGAAGGGCCCCACCUCCCCGGGCCGGAGCCGGCGGGCCAAGGCGCGCUACCGCAAAGCCAGCGCCAAGGGCAGCUGCGGGGAGCUGGCAGGGCCCCGGGUCCCAGAGCCGGCGGAUGUGGGCCACCAGCUGGAGACCUGUGCCGCCCUGCGGGGGCUGCAGCACGACCUGCUGCGCCGGAUGUCCUCGUCCAGCCCUGACCUCAUCAACACCACCCUGGAGGCCGGGGCCAAGAAAGAGGGGGCCCCUGCCGGGCCCGAGUCGCCCCCGGCCGAGCAGCCCCGCAGCGAGACCCCCAGUGAGGACACGGCCUCUGUGCCCUUCUCCAGCAGCCCCGACUCGCCCUCCUCCAAGCAGGGGGCCGUGGGGCCAGCGGACAAGAGCCACCGGCUGUUGGGCCUAGCCCAGAGGCUGCAGCCAGGCGAGGAGCCCGACAAGGAGGCAGGCGUGGCGGGCAAGGCGGCCAAGGCCUGUGGGAUGCCACAGCAGCAUCUGACACCUGCAGCGCUGCUGUACCGAGCAGCCGUGACCCGGAGCCAGAAGCGAGGGGUCUCGUCCGAGGAGGAGGAGGGAGAAGUGGACAGCGAGGUGGAGCUGCCACUGAGGCAGAGGUGGCCCCAGGGGCUGAGCAAGCGCCAGUCGCUCUCCACCUUCAGCUCAGAGAACUUCUCGGACGGGGACGGCGAGGAGGGGAACACGAGCGACGCGUCACCCAGCGGCACGCCCGACGUGGCCAGCACCAACACAGGCGAGCGCUCCGACGACAUGCUCUCGCAGAGCUCCGAGAUCCCGCUCGAUGCCCUGGCCCACUCCGACGGCCUGUCCGAGAAGGAGGCCGCUGUCCAGCACGUCAAGAGCCAGCUCAGUGCUGAGCAGAACCCCGCUGAGACUCCCUCCGCGUACGAGGACUCGGACUGUGACAGCGCCGAACUGGACCACUCGGGCAGCGGAGACAUGCACAGACUGCCAGCCGCCCCCAGCUCGUGAUGGCCCGGCCUCCCCCGCGAGGUUGUACAGACCCCCAGAUAUUUAUAUAAAUAAUCUAUAAAUCUCUAUAUAAAGCUAUAUAAUGUAUAAUCUACCCAGAGGCAGCGCCGGAGCCAGCCGGAGCGGCCCAUGCACUGAAUUCACCUCGGUCCUGAUGGACAGACUGAGGGGGAGGGGGGGAGUCUCUCGGGUGCUUGGGGGUUAGCCUUGUACAGCUGAAGACCAAGAAAUGCCCCAUGGCGUCGGACUCCUGGCCAGAAGGGCCCCGUGGCACUCAUGCCAGCUCAGAGCAGGACCGGCCCAUGAUGGGCAGUGUCUGGAAACAGGACCAGGAUGCACUGGGGCAGCGGCUGGGAUGCGGGGGAGCAUAAUCCCCCCUCCCACCACCAUCUGCAAAGCUGAACCUAAGAGAGGCGAGAUGUGGCGCUGUCCGGGCGCUUAUUCCGAGCAGACCCGUUGGCAGGCUGGGUCCGGCCGUGAGCUCGGCAGGCGCCGGAGAGGGCUGGCAGGCAGUGUGGUACCCUGUGGGCAGAGGUGUGCAGGUUGCCACGUCGCAGAGAUCAUGUGGAAGCUCCUUCGAGACCAGUCAAAGCCCAGUGGAGCAACCAACUACCCCCAAAAUCUGCCCAGCGCAGCAACGCACCAGGCUGGGGCAGAACCUCAAGCCAACCUGCCCCCAGGGGCAGAACUGCCAUCCCAGCCACCCCAGGCUCCUGCUCCCAGGCAGACCCUAGAUCCAAACCUCCUGCUCUGCAGCAGCCGCCCCCCUUCCCCAGCUCAGCACCAAGCAAUUCUGGGCCCGCCCCAGGCCGCGGCGGCGCUGACGGCUUUCGGGCCAAGGGAGGAUGGGGGUGGCCACGCUGCCUCCUGCUGGUACCCACAUGCACUGCACUUUUUGUUGGUGUUAAUUUAUUUUAAACGAAUGUUUACAUUUGCACUUGUGUCCUGGUUGGAACAGGGAGGGGUGGAGCCUGGGGGUGGGACUUAAAGGGUGGGCUCUGUGGGGCUGCUGACUCCUCUGAGCCUGUGUUGGGGGGGGCAGCCCCCCUUCCCCUGUUUAUGUAGCUGGGUCCCUCCUGUUGGGCUGUUUCUCAGGUGAAAGUCCCGUCCCCCCCCCUGCACCCCUUUCCUUCUGGAACUGUUUGUCCUCGCUGCUGAGUGUUUGGGCCCCUUGGGUGCCCCCCCGCAGUGCAGGUGUGGAGAGCAAUGAGCCCGGCAUGGGAUCGGUGUGGGCUGCCCCCCAACCCCAAAGCUCCAUGUGGAUGAUCAGCAUCAGCCCUGCUGGGCCUUUAGGACCUGGCCCCGGGCCGUACGGGUUGGGUUCCGAGCAGCUCAUUGGGCUAUAGGGUGACCAGACAGCAAAUGUGAACAAUCGGGGGUGGGGGGUAAUAGGAGCCUAUAUAA